GGGCUGCCGGAGACGUUCACAGAAGUUAACUAACACUGUCAGCGAGCAGCUUCGGAACACCGCGCCGGCGACCAAAGGGAAUACGCCGCAUUGGGUACACCGGCGCACGGCUGGAUUGGCUCGUGUCCACUCACCCGUCCGCUUUACGGGGGAAAACUACGGACACGACGUGCAGACGCCUUUGCUUUCACCAGCCCGGGUUUGCGAAGAUUCAGAGUCUGGGAUUGUAAGACAUCACCCAAGUUAAAGCUGUGAGGCGGCGGAAUUCAGCACCACGGACAGCGGUCCUCCAUCAGGUAUGUGAAAGCGUCCACAUAAGAAAAAACAUCGGUCACAUAAACCACCUGUGAGAGAGGGAGAGAAUCAUCACCACUGUUGGAGCCGUCCUACUAGAUGUUACUCCCAAACACUGAGACCAAUUGAUUUUGAAUGAACUGCAGAUGGUGACCACACUAAGACUGUUUAAGAACUCAUUUGGAACGCAGGAAAGGGAGAGAAUUAAAAGGCACCUGGGGGCUCAGCAAGAUGAGAUGUCUAUAGCAGGCAACAUUUACAAGAAGAGACGGCGUUAAGAUGGAGAUUCCUGCUAGAGGGCCCCGAGGGUCUUUGUGAUGGAUGAUUUCUGCCUCCCCGCUUCUCAAUCCUGGGUGUGAUUAAUUAACUCCGGCGUGUCAUUAUCCUCCAGCCAGCUGUGCUUCAGUUACCUGUGCUUUGGAGUUUGGACAUGGGUAGGUCCAAUUAUUUCCCUUUUUACCAGUCAUCAAAAUGAGCAGCCACAAACAACAAAAAGUACGUCUUCAGAGAUCUCGCAGAAGGCUGCUCCACCGGAUCUAGAGGACGUCCCCUUUUCGAUUCCCCAUCUCUUUGUGGUGACACUAUGGGUCUGGAAGAAUGUGAAUUCUUAAGUAAUUUUAAGUAACUACAUUUAAACUGACCCUAAACGAAUUGCAAAAUAUUGAAAACAACCUGGACCUGGAUUACAGUCUGUGAGUCAAAGCGAAUCCUGGUUGCUCAAUAUGUCUAAGCUCUUGAAGGGUGUUGUGCUGCUUUAACAAAAUUUUGUUGAAGGUAACUCGCAACCUUAACAUGGCUGAGCAAUCCUAAACAAAUUCUGAUCAUUAACUAUGAUGGACUAUGGAUCAGUAAUGUGCAACCAUCAAUGAAUUUUAUUCAUCGAACACAGCUCAAAGCUGGAUUCAUUUUGUUUGACCCCAACUGAAUUCUGUCCAUUAAAGGUGACUCCAGGCUUGAUUAGCGCUUCAGCAGGGGGUAACAAAUAUGACUAAACACUGGGUUAAUAUUCAGUUGAAUACAAUUCCGACACUGGAUUAAAAUUGUGCAACCCUUAAUGAAUUCAGAUACUUGAAACUAUAAGAGUUGAAAGUGGAUUACUGUUGUGUGAAAGCAUGCAAGAAAAAGAGUGGUGCACCAGGGUCUAUGAAUAAUAGUCAGUUGCCAUAGUUCUAAAGCCAGUUGGGAGAAAUGUUCCUGUUUAAUGGGUUAAUCAAGAAAGUUCAGCGAUAAAGAAUCACCGUGGUCAUCAGCAUCAGCAUUGUGCUUCUUCCUGGGAACGCCACAAAAGGACGAGAGAUGCUCAGUUUGUUCGUGGUUAUCCAUGGUUUUCAAAGUUCCUGCCUUAAAAGGUAAGACCAAUUCCAGCAGAAGCACGAACGACAAAAGAAACCAAAGGGAAACUGUAUUUCCUCAGGGGACAUCACAAUGGUUUUGCCACCUCCAGACAAACGCCAUGUAUGUCUCACUACUAUCGUCAUCAUGACCAGCAUGGCUUUCAUGGAUGCCUACCUUGUGGAGCAAAACCAGGGGCCAAGGAAAAUCGGUGUCUGUAUCAUUGUUCUGGUGGGGGAUAUCUGCUUUUUGAUAGUGUUGCGCUAUGUGGCGGUUUGGGUGGGAGCUGAAGUGAAGACAGCUAAAAGAGGCUAUGCAAUGAUUUUGUGGUUUCUAUAUAUCUUUGUAUUGGAGAUUAAGCUGUACUUCAUUUUUCAAAAUUACAAGACCGACAAGAAAAAUUUAGAGACUGUUGCUCGCAAAGCCUUGACUCUUCUGCUCUCGAUUUGCGUCCCUGGGUUGUACCUCAUCUUAGUUGCUCUCGACAGUAUGGAGUACGUAAGAACUUUUCGAAAGAAAGAGGACUUGAGAGGUCGCCUGUUUUGGGUGGCUUUGGAUCUUCUUGACAUUUUAGACAUCCAAGCCAACUUGUGGGAGCCACACAAAACCGGGCUUCCCAUUUGGGCUGAGGGGCUCAUGUUUUUUUAUUGCUACAUUCUCCUUCUCAUCUUGCCCUGUGUGUCUUUGAGUGAGAUCAGCAUGCAGGGGGAACACAUCUCACCCCAAAAGAUGAUGCUCUAUCCAGUCCUCAGCUUAGUGACCAUUAACAUAGUCACUAUUUUUAUUCGAGCAAUCAAUAUGGUUUUGUUUCAAGACAGCAGGGUCUCCACGAUAUUCAUUGGCAAGAAUAUUGUUGCCAUUGCUAGCAAAGCCUGCACAUUUCUGGAGUAUAAGAGGCAAGUGAAAGAGUUCCCUCAGAACGCAAUCGCACUGGAGCUACAACAGAAUUCGAUUUCCCAUAAUCAGACUCUGCCCAAUACAACAAGUGUGACCCACGAACAGUCACCCACAAGGGAAAUUGUUGACACAUGACGACAGCGUGAAGUCAAAGAGCUUUUGUCUUGGGCAAUUUUACCUGCAAGACUGGAAGCUUGCUCUAUUCUUUGGAUUAUUUACGAGUUGAUCUUUUCAAAGUUUUCUUACACGGUAACAAUCAAAAAAAGUUCCACCUUUGCUCUUAUCUCUCUUGUCCUCUUCUUUUUUUCCCCACUAUUUCCUCAUGUUAUCCAUCACCCUUGCACACAAAAUGAGCUGUGUCCUUUUCAAGAUCUUAAUGAUUCAUCUCAGGAAGUCUGCAAGAGUUGCUUCCGGGAGUGGUUUGGUAUCGAGACGAUUAGGAAGAAUUUCCUUCUCAGCAAAAUUUGAGUGGAAACUUAGAUUAUAAAAUGUGUCUCAUAAAAAGUUUCCUAGAAUUCUGUCUAUUGAUUCAGUUCAAUCUGUUGAACAUAUUUUAUUUCUCAGAAAUUUUACAAAAUGAUGUGGUGAUUUUCUUUUUCUGAAACCUGUAUGCUUGUUUUUCUCUAAAAGAAUUUGAUUUCUUUUUCCCAACUGUUGCGAAAGUUUAAGAAAAAAAGGAUGAAUUACCUAAGUAGUGCUCUAAUUGCUUAAUGCUGGUGGAUGUGGGAAAUAUAUCUUAAGGUACAUCUUCCAAGAAGUUUUAUGACCCGGAGUGGUUAAUUUAAUGUAGCCGUUUCGCGGAUCUCAGCACAAUCUUACUGCAGAAGAAAAUUAACAAGUCAGAUACUGAUAAGAAAAGCUUGGCCUUAUUUUAUAACAUGAGGCAAAGCCUGCAGAUUGCACUGACGUGGCAUUGUGGCACAGUUGUUGGCAUCGCUACAUCAGAGCUCCUGGCUCUGGGUUCAAAUCUUGGUCCUGCCUAAGUCUCAUAGAGUUUGCAUGUUCUACUUUUCUCUGGGCACUCCCACAUCCUGGAAACCCCGAAUCAUAAUAUGAUUGGCAUCUCUGAAUUGGCUCAGUAUGGUGGUAUGCUGGAAUGUACCCUUCAGAGGGUUGGCAUUUCAUCUUUGAUUGGGCCUGCUAGUUUUAGGUUGUAGCUCUCUACCAUCUAAAGCAGGUUUGAAAAAUAAACAAACAAAUUAAUUUAAAAACGCUCCUUUCCCAAAAUGGCAGUUGUGUCAUUUAGCAACUUUUCAGAAUUCUCAUGAGUUGGGAAAUUCACUUCUGAUGUCUUUCUUUCAGCCCAAAGUCUUGUUUUUGUUAAUUGUGAAUUUCUGCAUUCAGUUGUGAAAUCAGUGCAUAAUUUGGUAUGUUAGGUUACGUUUGAACACCCUCAUUAAAAAAGACAAUUGAUUAUCAUGAUGAUGAUGAUGAUUAUGGUGAAAAUGAUUAUUACAACCAUUACAUUGCCAGGUCGAUUUUAUGAUGAUUUGUCUGUUUUAAUAAAAUUAUAUUGGA